CUUGUACAUGAUAAUCUCACUCUUGUACAUGAUAAUCUCACUCUUGUACAUGAUAAUCUCACUCUUAGAAGGUUUCAUCGUUUCUGCUUACCCUAGUUUUCUUUCCCACUCUGUUCCCUCUCCCACCAGACUGGACUCUGAAAUGGGCAUGUACAGAGACGAAGAGACCCCAACAUGCUUCAGGCUUUGAGUGGAGAGGACAAAGCCUCUGCUGGGACAGGGAACAGAGGGAUGUGGAGUCCCUGAAGAUGCUUAUGGACAAUGGUCUGAGGUUGGGACAGCGGCAGGAGAUACCAUUCAUCCAGGAUCUCCAGGACAAGAGAUCAGAAUGGCAGUUACAUGUGUUUUUUUUCAAACUGGUUGCCAGGUUGGCAUGAGCCAUGACAUCAGAGAUUCCAACCUUCCUGAUUGGAGGGACCGGACUCCGUGGUGCCUGGAGAUCAGCUGGACAACAGUAUCUUCUCAGAGCUGUUCUCCACUCCUGACUUCUCCUAGGCUUGAGAAUUGAUAACAUACUCUUCUGGAUCCGAGCAGUGUCCAGAAGAAGGCCAUGGACAGAACGGAGACUAGGUUCCGUAAGAGGGGACAGAUUACGGGAAAGAUCAUGACCAGCCGUCAACCGCACCCCCAGAAUGAGCAGAGUCCCCAGCAGAGCACCUCGGGGUACCCCCUCCAGGAGGUGGUGGAUGAUGAAGCGUUGGGACCAUCAGCCCCUGGGGUAGAUCCCAGCCCCCCAUGUAGGUCCCUUGGCUGGAAAAGGAAGAGGGAGUGGUCAGAUGAAUCUGAGGAGGAGCCGGAGAAGGAGCUCGCCCCUGAGCCUGAGGAGACCUGGGUAGUGGAGACGCUGUGUGGGCUCAAGAUGAAGCUGAAGCAACAGCGAGUGUCACCCAUCCUCCCUGAGCACCACAAGGACUUCAACAGUCAGCUUGCCCCUGGGGUAGAUCCCAGCCCCCCGCAUAGGUCCUUUUGCUGGAAAAGGAAGAGGGAGUGGUGGGACGAAUCUGAGGAGUCGGAGGAGGAGCUACGGAAGGUGCUCGCCCCUGAGCCUGAGGAGAUCUGGGUGGCGGAGAUGCUGUGUGGCCUCAAGAUGAAGCUGAAGCGACGGCGAGUGUCGCUCGUGCUCCCUGAGCACCACGAGGCCUUCAACAGGCUGCUUGAGGAUCCUGUCAUUAAAAGAUUCCUGGCCUGGGACAAAGAUCUGAGGGUGUCGGACAAGUAUCUCCUGGCUAUGGUCAUAGCGUAUUUCAGCCGGGCCGGCCUCCCCUCCUGGCAAUACCAACGCAUUCAUUUCUUCCUGGCUCUCUACCUGGCCAAUGACAUGGAGGAGGAUGACGAGGACUCCAAACAAAACAUCUUCUACUUCCUGUAUGGGAAGACCCGCUCUCGCAUACCCUUGCUCCGUAAGCGUCGGUUCCAGUUAUGCCGUUACAUGAACCCGAGGGCCAGGAAGAACCGCUCUCAGAUAGCCCUGUUCCAGAAACUUCGGUUCCAGUUCUUCUGUUCCAUGAGCGGCAGGGCUUGGGUUUCCCCGGAGGAGUUGGAGGAGAUCCAGGCUUAUGACCCAGAGCACUGGGUGUGGGCACGAGAUCGCGCUCACCUUUCCUAGAGCUCCAGGGACCGUGGAGGCCUGAGGUCAUCGGCCUGAGAGAAGAACACCGGACCCAGGGGAGAUGUGGAUUUUCAGCAGGAACUUUAUUCCAAUGCUAAUGGCAGACACCAGGAAGGAGGAGAGGAACCAUUUGUGCACAUCAUCUAGAAGAACGUGGACCAUUCUUGAUGGAGCUGAAUACAGUGAUCACGUUGUCCUCCUAGGAGCAGGGGUGGGGGGAGGGGGGUGGGGUCCUUCUAGGAGUCCUUGGAGAAAAGUAAGAAACCAGGAGUGUUUCCAGUUCCACCCUUUCCUGCGGCACCACCACCCUUUUUAUAUUGCUGAAUUCCAACCUCCCUGGGGCGGAACCUGGAGGUCCUGUUUCUUACAGACUUGGUUGCCACAGUCCAGGAGCAUUUGAAGGCACAAUGCAGGGGCUCAGAUUGGCACAGAAUUCUUUUGUGAAAUAUCAGUGCCACAGAUUGUAACAGAUAGCUUCAUGCACACUCUGCAUUUUAUUGGUUUGUUUGGGAAAUGUUGGCCAUUGAAUUAUUCAUAGAUUUAUUUCAAAUAGUUUGGAAAUUGUUGUACUUUUGAAAACAUGCUGUUCCUGUAGUUUUUUGAUGAGAGUUAUAGUUGUUAUAUAUACAUAAAGAUAAUUUUCUUUUCAUUUUUAAGAGAUGAUUCUUUUUAUCCUAAAUAUUUUAUUAUCUUUAAAUUUGUUUCUGUAUUAUUAUAUGUGCUCCUGAAGUGAGCACUCUUUUUAUCUAUGAUACUUCCAUAAUAAUCUCUUCUAUUUAUAGCUAUUGGUAGCUCCCCACCAGAAAAAAACAUAAUUCUGGUGAUAGAAAUUUUUAUUUGCUGUUUAGGUUUGUGACUGAAUUGUGAGAAUUCAGUUGUGAUUUUUAGCAUGUCUCAGAUAUAUAUACUAACACGUCUAAUAUAUACUAUCUAUUUUAUUGGUUUAUUUUGAAAAACAUGGGUAUAGAAUUAUUUAAAUAUUAUUUUAUUUAUUGAAAUAUUUAUUAAAUAUAUUUAUUUAUUUAAAUAUUAUUACUUUCAAUAUUAUUUUAAAUAUUUUGGAAAUACUGGUAUUUUUGAAUAGAUGCUGUUUCUAUAAAGCUGUGUGAUGGGUGUUAUAACUGUUGUAUACACAUACAUACAAUUUUGUUUUCCUUUUUAAGAGAGGAUUCUUUUCAUCCUAAAUCUUUUACUUUUCAAUCUUUGUAUCUAUUAUUACACAUGCUGCUGAAGGGAGCAUGGUUUUUAUCUAUGAUACUUAGCUAACAUAUAUAUUACAUUUAUAGCUAUGUAGUAGUUCCCCUAAAUUCUUGUAAAAAUAAAUUUUUAUUUGAUAUUUCAUAUAUGUUUGAAAUGUGAGAAUUCAGAUGUAAUUUUUUACCUUGUUUUGGCAUGUUUGUAUGUUACUUUAAAGAGGAUGUGUGUUCUAAAGGAGGACAUGAGCUGUGUGUUUUCAAGAGAACAAUAGAGUGCAUCUCUUGGGGAAACAUAAUAAAAAUGAACUUUUCUCACCUUCACAGCAAUUGUGAUUAUAUUGGUCUGGAUUGAUUAUUUG